UCUGAAGUCAAAACUAAAUAAAAAUAAAAACUAAUGAAAAUUGCAAAACUAUUAAAACCCUGCUGAUUGCCAUUCAAGAAACCCCAAACAGAGGCCAAUACUGAAAAAUAUAAAUCAAUGACUGAAAACAGCAAAACACACAAACCAUGAGAGAGCUGAUGGUUAACUUAAGGUUGUGGUCCAAUCAAAUCUCUUAAUAUGUAAUUUCUCUGCUUCUAUGGAAUGGGAAAGGGUCUUUCGUUGUAUUCAGACAAAAGAAAACCACAAAGGGAGGGGACGCGAGUUUCAUUUUACUGUAAACUGAGUGAAGUGUUGUUAUUAAGUCUCAGUCAAAUAUGACCAAGUGAAAGAAUGAAGGGUACAUCUGUCCUGUGGCUGCUGUUGUUGAUCUCCCUGCUGUGUGGCUCAACAAACCAAGCUCGUCUGACUGUGAGCCCCAGCAGCUCUCAGCUGUUUGAAGGUGACUCUUUGUCUCUGAUCUGUGGGGCUGAGGACAGCCCUGCUGGAUGGACUGUGAGGAGGAACACGCCCAAACGACAGAGGAGUCGGUGUGGAGAUGGGUGGGGAAAACAAGUGGUUUCUUCUUGUACCAUCAACUACAUCUUCAAAAGGGACAGUGGUGUUUACUGGUGUGAGUGCGGAGAGGGAAUAACCAGUAACACCGUCAACAUCACUGUGACAGGUGGCCCAGUGAUCCUGCAGAGUCCUGUGCUUCCUGUGAUGGAGGGAGACAGCAUCACGCUGCUCUGUAAAUCAAAGUCCACACAUUCAAACCUCCCAGCUGUUUUCUAUAAAGAUGGCUCCGUCAUCAGGACUGAGUCGACAGGUCACAUGACCAUUCCUCAUGUUUCCCUGUCUGAUGAAGGCCUCUACAAAUGUCACAUCAGUCAUCAUGGGGAGUCUCCACCCAGCUGGAUCACUGUCACAGGUAAACCUACAACUACAGCCCCGCCUUCCACAUUAGCCCCGCCCUCUACAUCAACCCUGUCUUCUGCCUCAACUUUGCUUUCUGUCUCAACCCCAAUGACCACACGGAUCCAAUCCACUGCCAUGGCAUCUCCUUCUACCACAGCACUGCCUACUGAUUCAGCUCCACCAGCUGUCUCCAUUCACCAACCACUUGUCUUGAGAGUGAUCUGCCACCUGGUGGUGUUCUGUCCAUAUGUCAUCACAACUGUCCUAAUGGUGUCUUUAUAUCUACAAAGACCCUCAGCAACAGCGCCACACCCCCACCCUGAGCAGAAACUAACAGAGGACUUUGAUGUCAUGGAGGUCACCAUCGAGCAUCAUUUCUAAACUGCACAGAACAGAGAAAUAUUUUUGUCAUGUAAAAGUAAUAAAUAUAAAAUUAAAUAGAUCUGAUAUUUUAUGGCUCAGGGCAUAAAUAAAUCCUCGUUUUUCUCCAUCAGUGUAUGAAGAGCAUGCACCUGUCGUUUGCUCUUUCCUGUUGAACAAAAACCUAAACACAUAAUAAAACAAAUGAUCAGAGACUUAGAACCUGUGUCAGAGGUGACAGACUUCUAUAGGAGCAAAAGUCAUUUCGCAGCCAAUGUAGUCUCCCCCUAGUGGCCUUUAAAAAGAAUGCAGGUUUAAGAAAAACAUUUCUGAACAGAUUGAAAGAUCAUGGCUAUGUCAGGAAAUGCCAUGAGUGCCAUGAAGCACUAAAGGAACCACUGAAGCACCUUUCC